AAGAGAUGCUUCGUGAUGAGAGCCCUGCCGUCUGCAGUUUGUAAGUGCGGAUCAAUAUAAAUUCGCGAGUUUUGGUCGCAGAGAGGACAAACCCACCUGUGUCUGCAAGGAGGUUGGAUGUGUUUGUAAAUCUUUCUGAUGGGCAAAUUCGACGUAACUCGUCAGAGAAGCUUUACGAAAGCAAGAAGAUCGUAUGAUUUUCACCAGGGCAAGGGACUAGAAAUGGACAGCCCUGUAAGUGAAGACAGAUUUAUCUGCCGACCUUCUUACAAUGAAAAUGAUGAAGACUUGGAGUUGGAUGAUUGGUCACCCCCAGACGCUGAUCUUACACAGAAGAUGGUCUCCCAAAUUGAACAUUACCUUUCUGACGACAAUUUAGCAAAAGAUGCCUUCCUUUUGAAACAUGUCAGAAGAAACAAGAUGGGCUAUGUGAACAUAAAGCUCCUGACAUCUUUUAAAAAGAUGAAGCAUCUGACCAAAGACUGGCGAGUCACAGCCUUCGCUCUAAGCCACUCCACCAAACUAGAAGUUAACAAGGAGGGCAACAAGGUCCGUCGGAAAGACCCAGUACCAGAGUCCCUUCUGGUUCAGGUGCCCAGCAGAACGCUGCUAGUGUGGAACGCUUUCGGUGAGCUGGCCCCGAGUGGCAACGGUGGUGAGGAAGACGUCCCAACACCCCGAAGGAGCACUAUGGAAAUGGCCAUCACCCUCCUGGAGCCCUUUGGAAGCAUCUGCACGGUAAGGGUGUUCCGUCCUGGGAAGGAGCUUCCGUCCGAAGUUCAGUGGUUCGCCUCCAGGUACCCUGAGUUGAGCUCCCAGGAAAGUGUUCUGGUGGAGUACGAGGACUUGGAAGGCGCCGGCAGAGCAUUAAACCAACUGUCCCGGUGUGAAAACUCUGUGAGAGUUGUCCAGAUUGGGAGGACGUCAAAGACGAAAGCAGGGCCGGCGGGCGGCUGUGGAGUGAAGGGUGCUGGGAGAGGCGUGUCCGUCGUCAGCCGCCUCAUUGACCAGCUCCAGAUGCAAGCGGACGACUCUUCAGCGUUGAGCUCAUCCGGUGAGUCCGAGGUGGCCUCUCCACUGCACAUGCCUCGGUUCUCCUCAGGCCAGGUGUGCAGGAGCCCCUGGGACAGCCCUCGCUCAAGUCCUAGGGUCCUACGGGUGCUGCCCCCGCCGCCACGGGUCUUCCCGCUACUGACCAAUGACGGGAGUCCUGACACCAGCCCGGAAGUCAGUCGGCGCAACCGCGAGAACUUGUCCAAUGCCAGAAGCCCCUGGGUCCAUAGGCGUAAAUUCCCAGCGGUGCAAGCCUCCUUCCUGGAAGACAGCAGCGGUGGUUGGCAGGGUGGCCUAGGGAUAAAGAGGGUCCUGACGGGGGAUUCCCUGCCCCCUGGGGUCAUUCGGUUCCCCUAUGGACCUGAUGGGACCCGAGGAUUUCCCAGCUCCUUCAGAGGAAGGAGACUUUAGUACACACUCAAUAUAUGACCUUAGACCAAUCCAUUUCAUGUUUUACUUGUGUUUUAUAUGUAUCGUGAGGUAAUCUAUGGAAUUACAGUCAUGUGAAAAAAUAAAUAGACACCCCCUGGAACGUUUUCUUUAUUCUAAUACACAUCUGGACAAAUGGAUAUGUAAUCUUAAACACUUCAAGACUAUAAAGGUAUAAAGGUAACCUAAUUUAACAAAUUACUCUGAAAGUUUACACAAUCUUCAUUCAUUGAUUCAUACAUCGAAAAUCAACAGACAUUUCAUAGAGCGGAAAAUGUUAGUACACUCCUACCUUCAGUAGUUGGUAUUGCCUCCUUUUUUUGCUAACAUUUCUUAGCUGUUUCUUACAACUGCACAUCAGUCUAUUGCACUGACUGGGAGGACGUUUUACACACUCUUCUUUGCGGUACCAAUUCAGCUGUGUCAGGUUUGAGGGCUGUCUUGCAUGCAUGGGCUGCUUCAAGUUUCCCCGCAGCAUAUCAAGAGGAUUGAGAUCUGGGCUUUGAGUCAGCCAUUCCAUAACACUUCAUUUCCUCUUUCUGAGCCAUUCUGUUGUAGCUUUGCUUGUGUCUUUUGACCUUGGAAUGAUGUGCUACCACACACCCAUAUGGUUAAGUUCAAAGUAGACCAAGUUUCUAAUCUUUAUAUUGGGAUUGACCCUCCAAAGUUACUCUCUAAUGAUUUUCUAAUAAUUUGCACAUGUUUUUGUGCACCAUUGAACCAUUUUAUGUGGUGGCAAAAGUAGGGGUGUACUAAUAUUUUCAGCACAAGGAAAUUGAAUUUAGCUCAUAUAUGUGUUCAAAUAUCUAAAACAACUUUCCAGGGAGUGUUAAUUUUUUUAAUUGAAUUUAUGGAUUUCUUGUAUUGUUGUUAUUGCAUAUUCAUGUGCAGGAAAAUCUGUAAGAAACACAUUGAAGAUGAUUUCUAUAAAUAACAGAUCUUCUGAAUACCAUUGCACCAUUAAAUCCUGUGGCUAAAAUCCCAACAUCAACCCACAUAACGUGACUACAUCUGACCCUCCUAUCUGUCCUCAUUCUAUGACUCAGAUGUAGUUAUUUCUAUUCUUAACCUGCUUUGUUUGAGUGCAAGUCAACAUUGCAUCAUGCGCUAGUGAAGAAAAGCUUUUUGUGCAGCCAAGUUUAUUUUACUUUACGCAGCCUAAAAAUAAAGUAUUUUGUAUUUUGAUUUGAAAGAGAAAAUGACUUAAUACUUAUGUUGCCAUGACAACAAGGAGAGCCUGCUGUAGCAUAUACUCUGUGCACUACAGCAAAGGGCUUAUUCUCUAAUUCAAAAGGCAGAUGAAGGGGUUUGACAAUUGCCUGUAUGAACAAGCUGUAUUUCAGUCAGAAGCAGUGUCAUGUCCCAUUAAAGUCUUUGAUGAAGUCUC